GUACCAGCAGUGUAUUUAGUCAUUAGCCGUCAUAAGAAUAGUUGCGCGUUAUCCUUGACAUACACUGCUUCUGGACUUCGCGACCCUUGGCGUUUCAGCAUUGGCUAACCACGCUUGCCACUUAGCCCAGAUCAGCUGUCAUUGCUUGGAUGUCCACCGAUAAAACUCUACGUGCAAUAGCCUUGCGCCCAGAGAAUAAGCGAUGUUUCAACUGCGACGCUUUAGGAUGCGCCUACGUUGUCCCAAGCGUCGCAAUUUUUGUUUGCACGGAGUGCUCUGGCCACCACAUGAACAUCGGUCACCGCGUCAAAUCCAUGAGCAUGAGCAAAUUCUCGCCAGAGGAGGUUGCUGCUUUGGACGUUGGAGGCAACGCGGCGGCUGCUCGCACAUGGCUGGCGAGCUGGAAAGCCGAGGGGGACGCGCGCAAGCCGGUUGAUAAGAACCCGCGAAAGCUGGACGCCUGGGUCCGCACCGUGUUUCAGGACAAGCGCUACUUCAGCAGCAAGCCCCUGCCAACACCGCCCCCGCAGGCUUCCUCCCACGGCGCCGACCACAUCCCGGUGCGGGAGCUGUCGGACCUGCUGGGCAGCCCGCCGGGGGCCGUCAAGCUGACGGUCAGCCCAACGCCUUCCCUGACUGACAGUCCCGGUCUGACGUCAUCAGCGACAGUUGCAACGGCCUCAACCGCUGCAACCACCACGUCGGCGCCAGCUGCGCCGCUGCAACCGGGCUUAACUGCUGCAGGCUGGGGACACGGCGGGCAUCCAACCGGAACAGUGACUCCCGCCCCCGCUGCUCCCCAUGCCGCUGCCGCCGCCGCCGCCCGGCCCGGCCCCGCCGCCGCCUCCUCAGCCCCCCUGACCUUCACUGACAACGCCUUCGGACCUCCGCAGCCCUCCACCUCCAGCACCGCCGCCGCCGCCCCCACCGCCGCCACCCCCUCGCCUGCCGGCGCCGCCGCCCCCAUGCCGCACUUUGACCCCUUCGGAGCCUUCGUGGCCGCACCCCCGCCCCAUCCCUCCGCCCCAGCUGCUGCCCCCCGUGCUCAACCUCAUCCCGCCGCUUCAUCUUCAUGGUCGUCAGGACCUGCGGCCAUCUUCCCCCCGCCGUCGGCGGCAGCGCCGUCAGCGAUGCAAGGUCUUCGUCCGCCUAGCACCAGCGGUGGCGGUGGCGGCGGCGCAACAAGCACAACCACAGCGCCGCACAUAGGGCCCAUCACGGUGCAGCGCCAACCGGCGGAGGCUCCCGCUCCCGCUGGGGUAACGGCGGCGGCGGUGUCCUCCGUCGGGAGCUACUUUAACGAUGAUGCCGAUUGGGGAGCCUUCGCCGCUGCAUCCCCGAUUAAACCGCCGCCUCCGCCGCCGCCCGCAGGAGCCGCCUUGCCCCCGCUGCAGCCGCCGCCGCCGCCACAGCCCUCCAACCAACAACACCAACAACAGCAACACCCCAUCACAUCGCCAACCGCAACAGCCGCAACGACGUCAACAACCGCAACGACAUCAACAACCGGGGCUUCAGCAGCUCCGAAACCUGCGGCCCUGAAACCACCGCGUGCCGAGCUGCCAAGUGACCUGUUUUCGGAGCCGGUGGUUCCGGUCGGAGUGAUGGCAGG